GUAUCUACAUUUUGGCCGAAAUUUGGUCGUCAUGGAAAAGAAAAUAUCACAGUCAGAGAUGUGCUAGAUCAUAAGGCUGGACUCAUAACAUUUGGACGCGAGUUUUGCGUUGACGAGGCGAAAAAUUCUGAACUGAUCUCAAAACUAAUUGAAGAAGCAGAACCCUUAUGGACCCCUGGAACAAAACGUGGUUAUCAUGCACUGUCUUAUGGAUUUCUAGUCGAUGAGAUGCUAAAACGUCUACAUCCAGAAAAACAUAGCAUUUCAGAAAUAUACGAGGAGGAAAUAUGGAGACAAGGCAUAACCUUUCACAUUGGUAGACGACCGACAACUAGUCAACAUUCUUUAGCAGUGAUAACAAAUGCGCCAGCAUGGAAGUCAAUACUUUCCUAUCUACGAAGACCAUUAAGAUUUGCCCAUCUGGUCUGGAACCAUUACAAAUACGAUGUUGAUCUGAAGUCAGCAAACUAUCCAUAUUUUCUUGCAAUUAUGAGAAGGGACAUCAUGCCCUACAACGAUGCAUCCGUAACCGAACUGCCGUUGGUGAGCGUCAUGGGAGUCGGAACUGCAGAAGGAUUCGCUAGGGCAGUCCACGAAGUUUUCAAGAAAGGAUUGAUCUCCGACAAAAUUUGGAAUCUCAUAAGAUCACCAACUGGUGCAGAUGAAGAUAUUGUUUUGUCGAAUCACAAGCCCUACGGACAUGGCUUUUCGUAUGCGCCACAUCCCGUUCACAAGAAGGAGUGGACGAUACGAUUUAUCGGGAAUGGGCUACAAGUAGUGGAGGUGGAUAGAAGAGAUGAGAUUAUCAUCGUAAUGCUUCGAAAUGGCCUGCGAGCCGGAGAUGAUGGCGAACAAGAGUAUGAACGGAUUGCUGAAACUGUGAUUAAGCUUGCACAAUGA